AGAAUUCUCCUUAGAAGUAGGAGAAGUUAUAUAUCCAAUAAACAACUGGACACAUUGCUUCAUAACAGCCUCUGAACUUACCUUAAACGCAAAGGUGUUGUCAAGAUUUUGAUAACUACAGGUGUCAUAAUAGAGUAGAUCUCAUGUGAUAGGUAAAAGAAUCAAACAAAACAAAAAUAAAAUGGUUUCCUACAUCCAUUAGAAUUCAUCCCUUUGAUCACAACAUUCACACCCCCUUCUCUUCCCUAGACGCUCUGUUCUGGUCGCAACCGUCAUUCCACCUCUGCCAUUAUGGCCAAUGGGGAAGUUGCCAUUGGCGAAUCAUCAACAAGACCACUUUUGCCUAAAGAAGAAACCCCUCUUCUUGAAAACUCAUCAAAAUCUUGUCUUCCAAAGACAUUUGCCAACUUCUUCAUUGCUAUUGUUGGUGCUGGCGUUCUUGGUCUCCCUUAUACAUUUAUGAGAACUGGUUGGAUCACUGGCGUUGUCACGCUUUUCUCUGUUGCAGCUUUAACGUACCAUGGCAUGAUGCUUCUCAUUGAUACAAGAAAAAGACUUGAUCUUUCUCUAAUUGGUGAUUCCAAGAUUUCGUCGUUUGGUGAUCUUGGUUUCGUUGUUUGUGGUCCGAUAGGUAGAUUUGCUGUUGAUGUUAUGAUUGUUCUAUCUCAAUCUGGAUUCUGCAUUGGAUAUCUCAUUUUCAUCGGCAAUACUUUAUCUCAUCUUAUAAGUUUGUCAAAAGGUUUUGAUAUUCCUCUUUUUUCCUCGGCCAAGAGUUUGUACAUAUGGGGUUGUUUGCCUUUUCAAUUGGGAUUGACUGCUAUUCCCUCAUUGACACUUUUAGCCCCAUUGAGUAUAUUCGCUGACGUUGCACAGAUCGGUGCAAUGGGUGUUGUUAUGGUUGAGGAUGUGCAGACUUUUACGAACCAAUGGCCAUCGGAUAUAGAGGCAUUCGGGACACUAUCAACAUUCUUUUAUGGUUUGGGUGUGGCUCUUUAUUCAUUUGAAGGGGUUGGAAUGGCUAUACCUUUAGAGUCAGAAAUGAAGGACAAGUCAAAGUAUGGGAAAAUAUUGGCCUUGUCAAUGUUCUGGAUUGCUUUGAUGUAUGGGACAUUUGGUGUCAUGGGGUAUUUUGCAUUUGGUUCAAGUACAAAGGAUAUAGUCACAUCCAAUAUGGGGAAAGGACUAUUAAGCACAAUUGUAAAAUUGGGGCUUUGCAUUAAUUUGUUCUUUACAUUUCCCUUGAUGUUGAAUCCAGCAUUUGAGGUAUUUGAAAGGAGAUUUUCUGAUGGAAAUUACAGUGUGUGGAUGAGAUGGAUACUUGUUUUGGGAGUGACAAUGGUGGCUUUGUUGGUUCCAAAUUUCGCGGAUUUCAUGUCAUUGGUUGGUAGCAGUACUUGUUGUGUUCUAGGGUUCGUUUUACCAGCAUUAUUUCAUUAUCAGGUAUUCAAAGGAGAUAUGGAUCGAAAAGGCGCUUUUUUCGAUUUGGGAUUAAUAGCCUUAGGGGUGUUUUUUGGGGUUUCUGGUACUUGGUAUUCCCUAGUUGAGAUGUUUUCUCAAGGCAAAAUUGUUUAAUAUGCUCCAGCUUAUGUUACCAUUCAUCAGUUACUACUAGUUGGAUCAGCUUAUGAUUCUUGAAUACAAAUUUGAUUAUGUGAUUGUGAUUUAGCACUAAUUGUUUUUGAGCU